CUGUGCUAUGUGUGCUGUGUUAUGCUACGAUUUUGGGAAAACCAGCCAAUAUCCAUUGCUACUCCUGCUCCCCUUACAAUUGAACAAUCCCCAGGUUUCUCCCAAAUUCCAAUCUUCUAUCAUCUACGUGUCUACGUGUCUACAGGGCGUCCAGCACACGAUACCUCCUUCCCCUUACACUUCCUUACUGUAAAUCUCCAUCCCAGCUCAUCAUCACCCAGGAAUCAGGAGAACCAUGCAUGCCCAUCUCAACCACCGGCGCAUAGCGAGCGACGUUCCUCAACGCCAAGCACCCAAGCUUCCCCCCUCCGACGCACGGCUCCACUUCCCUCCCUACGCUUCCUUACAAGUAGUAGUAUAGUCGUAGUAGUAGGAACGGAACAACAACGUGGAUACGGGCCAGCUUACGAAUAUCCUCGUUCCCAGGGGAGCGGGCGAGAGCAUCCCCGGCGCCGCUCACCGUUGAACACCGCGGAUCCGCAUCCGAUCCGCACAGGGAGGGCGCCCCGGCCGGGCUGCUGUUGAACGGGUUCCGUUAGUUAGGGACUUGGUUAUGGAAGUGGUAUGGUAUGGGUAUAAUAAGGGGGGCCCGGAUGGAACCGUAUAUUUAGUAGCGGCGAUGAUGGAGCGAGGACUACUCAGGAGCCAAGGGGUUCUGGAAGCCUUGGAAGGAAAAAAAGGGGAUCGGCGCGAAUAAUGACUAUCGCGCGGAGAUUGGACGCGUAUGGAGGGACGGCUGUGGAAUAACGCUCCGGAAGAGGAGCCUAUUACCUGAUCUGGUAAGUAAGGGAGAGGUGGAGUUAGAGUGGAAUGGUCGUGGUGGCUGUGUACUGUACUUAGAAUGUCUUGUUUCUUGGGACCGAAAAUGGUGGUUUGUUUAGGCCUUUGUUUCAGUAUCAAUCAACCAUCCAGUUGG